UUGGUUGGUGCCAUUAACGCCAACCCUGUCUCUAAAGAAACUGAUGAAGAUGAAAAAAUUACAAUAAUCAAAGACUUUUAUCUUAAAAAAUUUGUAAUAUACAACGCUAAAUAUGACGUUGUAAAUAUUCUUGUACCAACCAACUCCUUGAAUUUCGAUGAUAACGACGAUGAAAAAAAUAUGGAGAACUUUGCUAAGAAUAUUAUAUUGUUCUUCGUUGAAGCUGAUGUCGACGCAGCUGGUAAUAGAGUAGACAAAGGCCUAUACGUUUACAAGAAUGGAGAGGCUACAAAACUUUUGGAAAAUGGACGUGACGCUGCUGCGAGUAGCGAUGACAGCACUGAUGUGUUCUUUGGAGCAAAAGACGGUAUUUACACGUAUGAUAACAAAGAAAACAAAGCAGUCAAAUACGGCUCUGUGACUGAUGAUAUUAUUGCAAUCGCUAAAGAAAACGCUACUGACGUAAUCUAUUAUCUAAAUAAAGAUCACGAAUUGUAUAAAGUCACUGAUAACGGCCAAAAGAGUGUUAAAAUAGACGACGUAGUAGGAGCUCAAGAAAUAGUUUUGGAUCCGGCCAACAAUUUAUAUUUUGUUACUGAAGAUAAACAAGUGUAUGUUGUCAACGAAAACGGUGUGAAGAAAAUAACGGGACUGCCGGAACAUCCUAAAUCUGUUAAAUUAAUAAAGCCUCCUGUACUAGAAGACGGUGCUGUUUUUCUUUCAGAUAAUGCAUUUUAUGCAAUUUAUUCAAAUGGAACAAGCGAGCUUACUGAUUUCGAGAUAACCUCUGAAGCCAAACCAUCUGCUUAUGCUAUGGAGGCCACCAUGGUUCAGUUCUUUGCGUUUCACAAAAAGAUUUACAAAUACAACUUAUUGGAAAUUUUUUCUGGCGAUGUCUUUGAAAUUUUGAAUAAAUUCCUCGAAGAAAACCAAGAAAUAAUUAUAGAGGCAUCACCUGUGAGCAAAACCAGUACCCGUAAGAUUAAGAAACAUAAACAGAUUUAG